AUGCGUUAUAACCGGUGGUGGCAACAUCGAUGGAUCAAAUUUAUUGGUAUAUCUCUUAUCGUUUUAACAGUAUUUGUAAUGAUUUCUGCUCUAAUUUUCAAAUUCUAUGUUUUUACACCGAAGAAAUUAACCACUACUAUCACCGUAGAAACAUCACGAACAACAGUGAUGACGACAACUUCUCAGCAGCCAGAUUGGCUUAAAACCGGUAAUAUGAAUUAUGCACGACGAACACAUACAGCAUCUGUGUUAGCGAAUGGAAAAGUAUUGAUCACGGGUGGGCUUGGUGAUCAGGAUUAUCUAAAUAGUUCUGAAUUAUACGAUCCAUUAACACAAACUUGGACAACGACCGGCAACAUGAAUAUUGCACGGGCCGAACACACAGCGUCGUUGUUAUCUAAUGGAAAAGUAUUAGUCACUGGUGGAAUCAACAAUCAAGGCUUUCUUAAUAGUAGUGAACUAUAUAAUCCAUCUACAGGAAUUUGGACACUAACUGGCAGCAUGAUCAAUGCCCGAUCUGAACAUACAGCAUCUGUUUUAACAAGUGGAAAAGUAUUGAUUACUGGCGGAAGUGUUGAUGAACAUUUUCUAAACAAUUCUGAACUAUUCGAUCCGCUAACAGAAACUUGGACAGCUACUGGUAGCAUGAAUAGUCCACGUGCUCAACACACAGCAUCUGUAUUGAUCAAUGGAAAGGUUGUCGUUACUGGUGGGUGUACGAAUUUUAAUCGUUUGAAUAGCGCGGAAUUGUAUGACCCAUUAAUGGAAACUUGGACAAAGACAGGCAGUAUGAACUAUACACGAAGUCAAUUUGUGGCGACUGAAUUAAAGAAUGGAAAAGUCUUGGUGAGUGGCGGAUUCAAUUAUAAUUUUAAUCGUAAUAGUGCUGAACUAUACGAUUCGGUAACAGGAAUAUGGAAAAUCACUGGAAAUAUGAACCACUCCAGAUGGAGACACACAUCAUCUAUAUUGAGCAAUGGAAACGUUCUAGUCACAGGUGGAUUUGAUCACUAUCCUCUAGAUACUGCUGAAUUGUAUGACGUAUCAACUGAAACAUGGAUAUCUAUCAGUCAAAUGAAUAAUGCACGAGGGGGACAUACAGCAUCCGUAUUGACCAAUGGAAAAGUAUUGAUUAGCGGAGGAAUUUAUGAUGGUGAGUCAUUGAACAGUGCAGAAUUAUAUAAAUCAGUUGAAACAAAUUAA